AACCGGUCCAAGCAGAAAGAUCUCGACAGAUAUGACAACUGUGGCUUAUAUGUGGAAGUGAAAAGUUCACUUUAGUUGUCAGUGAUGGCAUCCGCAAGAAAUAACGUCCAGUAAUUUAUUCGAAAACAGUUGUUUUAAAUUCAGCUAAAGUGCAGUAUCUUUUGCCAGCACAAUGGAACACAAGAAGAGAGUCUGGCACAAGCUGAAGAUAGGGAAGAAGGGCCUUGGAAAGAAGAAGACUCCUCUGAAACACAGGAGGAGUAUGUCGGUACCAGACCUCAGGUUAACUCCGCACAAGGUUUCCGCUUUGGAGGAUGAUACCAGGACACCUGAUCGAGACAUCUUUGGAAACCUGAUGGCUACUAAUGAUAUAGAUGAAAUAAAUGAAACCUCCAGUGUUGCCUUUUCUGAUCAGUUUACAGUCACUGACACACCAUACUCAUACAGCCCAGCACCAUCAGAGAGAUCAAUGCCUGCAGACUUUCCAGUUUCAGCCGAGAUCACAAUGGAUAAAAAUGUACAUCAGCCAAGGCACGCCACAUGGUACAUAGAGGAUUUAGAAGCAGCACCUUCACCUCUGUCUAAAACUCCCACACCUACAAAAUGGGCCUCUGUGCCAGCAGAGAGAACACCACCUGCUCUGAGACAAAAAGAUCCCAAAGUGGUUGCAGCCCUUAGUAGAGCCAAUGCAGGAAGACAAAUGCCUACUGCCCAUGCCUCAGAAAGUGAAAUGUCUGCAAUGGCCUCCACAGAGUUAGUCAGCACUACUUCUGAGAAGCAGGUUUGGCACCGUGACCAAGAGUCAUCUCCAUUGGAAAUGUUCAUUAUCGGGUCGGCUGAAGACAUGGAAGAGGACAUUCCUAAUAAAACCAAUGACUUUGACACUCUUUCCUUUCAAGAACAAGAACAGAACAUAAUGUCAGGAGGAUUAAAUGACAGUCAGAUUGCUCUAGCACAACAGAAAGUCCAGUAUCUCCUCACUAUCAACCUAAAGGAAGGCAGGAACCUGGUUGUCAGAGACCGCUCAGGUACAAGUGACCCAUUUGUCAAAUUCAAAUUAGAUGACAAAAACAUCUACAAAAGCAAAGUUGUGAACAAGAAUCUGAACCCCACCUGGAAUGAAUCAUUUUGCUUUCCCAUCAGAGACCUGGAUCAGACUGUUCACGUCAAGGUGUACGAUCGUGACAUAAGAUCCAAUGACUUCAUGGGGUCAAGCAGCUUUGCACUCUAUAAACUGGAGUUGGACAAAUGGAUUCCUUUGACACUGUGUCUGGAGGACCCCGACAGUGUAGAGGACGACAUGGGAGUGAUCAUUAUAGAGGCUUCUCUGUCCACACGAGAAGAACCUGCCAAACGAAAUAAGUGGAAUCUGAGGAGAAAGGGAAGCUUCAAUAAGGGUCAGCCAAUAAGCCAGGCGCAGGCUGCACGACUCGUAGGAGGACAGAAGAGUCAGGUAUGGAGUGGAGUUUAUUCCGUCAUCCUGGUUGAAGGCCAAGAUAUGCCUGACUGUGGUCAGGGAGACAUCUAUGUACGGUUUAGAGUGGGAGACCAGAAAGUCAGGAGCAAGAACCUGUGUAUUAAGGCAAACCCACAGUGGAAAGAGUCUUUUGACUUUAACCAGUUCCAAGAUGUGCAAGAGAGUUUGGUGGUUGAAGUUUGUUGCAAGAAGGGCAGGAAGUCAGAAGAGUGCUGGGGAGUGCUGGAUAUCGACUUGACGAAGUUUCCUGUCAAUCAGAAGCAGUUAUAUACUCGUGUGCUGGAUCCAGAGAAGGGCAGACUGGUUUUCUUGGUCACACUGACCCCCUGUUCUGGUGCAUCCAUCUCAGACAUUCAGUCCGCUCCAUUAGAGAAUCCCAGGACCUAUGAGAGGAUGCUAAAACAAUAUAGUCUGAGCAAAUCUCUGGGAGACUUGAAGGAUGUCGGCUAUCUUCAAAUCAAGUUAAUUAAGGCCACAGAUCUUUCUUCAGCAGAUAUAAGUGGUAAAAGUGACCCCUUCUGUACACUUGAGCUUGGUAAUAGCAAACUGCAAACCCACACAAUAGCCAAAACUCUGAACCCUGAGUGGAGGACAGCCCUGACAUUCCCCAUUAAGGACAUGCAUGAUAUGUUGGUGGUGACAGUCUAUCAUGAUGAUGGGGACAAAGCUCCAGAUUUCUUGGGAAAAGUUGCCAUUCCUUUGCUGAGUGUUUCGAAUGGCCAACAAAUAACCAGAAUGUUGAAGAAUGAUCAUCUAUCCAGGGCAGCUAAAGGAAGCAUCACACUGGAGCUGGAUGUGAUCUACAACCCUAUCAGAGCAAGCAUCAAAACAUUCCAACCUAAAGAAACAAAGUUUGCAGAGGACAACCCAAAGUUUAACAAAAAGCUUUUAGCGCGAAAUAUCUAUCGAGUGAGGAAGAUCAGCAUGGCCAUCCUCUAUACAUUGCAGUAUAUUAAAAGCUGCUUCCAGUGGGAGAACACACAGAGGAGUAUUAUAGCUUUCCUGAUAUUUGUGAUGACAGUAUGGCUUUGGGAGCCGUUCAUGUUGCCUCUCUUCCUCCUCCUGCUCAUUGGCUGGAACUAUUUCCACAUCACACCAGGCAUGGCCAGCUACAGUCAGGACUUGGAGAACAUCUCCAUGGUGGCGGACGAGGAUGAGGAUGAAAAGGAAUCAGAGAAAAGAGGACUGAUGGAAAAAUUCCACAUGGUUCAGGAAAUUGUGCUUACAGUUCAAAACACUUUAGAUGAAGUGGCUUGCAUUGGAGAAAGAGUAAAAAACACAUUCAACUGGUCAGUACCGUUCUUGUCCUUUCUGGCCUGCUUGGUUCUGUUUCUUGCCACCACUGCCUUGUACUUCAUCCCACUGCGGUACAUAGUUUUACUAUGGGGUGUUAACAAAUUUACCAAGAAGCUUCGCAGCCCAUAUGCCAUUGACAAUAAUGAAAUCCUGGAUUUUCUCAAGAGGGUGCCUUCUGAUGUUCAAAAGGUGCAGUACAGCGAGCUGAGAGCUGAGCUCGGCAACCAGGGCCCGGCGAAAAAGAAACGCUUGCGCUGAAACCCAACGGAUGUGUUGGAUGAAAGGGAGGGACAACGUUUCAAGACACGGUCUGUUUAAGACAUAAUGCCCCAUGCAAGUGAAGGAAACCCCUCGUGCUAAGUCAUCCACAUUUCUACUAAGGUGUAUUCACUGUUCAACUCUGUAGUUGUGUGUUUUUAUAUUUGUAUCCGUGUGUGUGUGUGUGUGUGUGUGAGAGAGAGAGAGAGAGAGAGAGAGAGAGAGAGAGAGAGCGAGAGCGCAAGUCAAAGAGAUAGGGGCCACGCUUGACGAGGCCUUUGGCCCUCACUGAAUCUCAUGGUCACACUGUCUGGGCAAAAGAAGGUAAAGCUGGACUCCAACAGACUCUGCAUGUGGCCACACUAAAAUGUGCUGAAAUACCACAGCCAGCAAACAAAUUACUUGUGCCUUCCUAUUCAUAUAUUAAUGUCUUUUUACGGACCACAUUCUGCUUCAUUUAACAAAAGAUAAAUAGCAAAACAAAACAUGCUCCCUAUUGCUUCUGUUUACAGUAGGAAAUAUUUAAAUGAAGGUAAAAUAUGUGUAAUAAAUUUCACACAAUAGUUUAUGACUAUUAAAGUAACAUUUAAUUUAAUUCAUUUAACAUGAAUUUUCCUUAUUGUAAACACAGUUUACUUUUUAAAGAAUAUAAAAUGUGUGUUUUGUUUGGUUUUUAAAGGUACAGUUCACCCAAGAAAAACAUAUUUUGUAAUUUACAGAGCAUCAUGUUGUUGCAAACCCAUAUGUUUUUGUUUUCUUGCAUAUGGAACACAAAAGGAGAUUUUAGGCAGAAUGUGAGUCACAGUCACCAUUCACUUUCAUUGUAUGGAGGAAAAAAAGGUGCAAUGCAAGUAAAUUGUGACCGAGGCUAACAAGGUGCCUAAAUGGAGAUCCUUUUGUGUUCCACUGAAGAAAGAAAGUCAUAUAUGUUUGAAACAACAUGAGGGUGAGUAAAUGCUGGAAUAAUUUUUAUUUUGGGGUUGAAUAUCCCUUUAACAUACAGUUUCCUAUCCAUCUUCCACUUUUUGUAUAUCUAUGCAGAACAUAAUAAUAAAAUGA